GCCGGGGGUGUCUGUUCUUGGCCAGAAAAAUACUAUUGAAUACAGCAAAGGAGUGAUCUCCGAGGGCGCAGUUCAUAUGAACCACACAUGACGCGGGAAGGAGGCCAAGGUCCCUAUGGCGGGAUCGGAUGUCAGCAUUCUGCAAGAGCAGAUUUUUUAGAAAACGCCUCCAAUAUCGUGAUGACCUCUCCCUCUUCAACACGAUUUUUGAAUCAUUUCGAGAGCUUAGGUCACGGCUGUGGUACUUCAAAACCUCAGUGUCCUCCCUACCACCCAGAUCCCCGUCUUGUGGCGUUUUCGGAUAUAUAUCCUUUCGCGCCUUCCACAUCCCAGGCAUCUAAAUCUUCUGCGCACAGAAGAGAGGUAGAAAUCGUCUAUACGGACGAAUCGUCGACUCGUCUCUCGGAUCGAGUACGAAGAAAAUGUUUCAACUGUUCUGGUACCGAUACUAGGACGUGGAGAAGAAGCAGUCUAACACCAGGCAAAGUCCUCUGUAACAAAUGUGGACUUUACGAGCGGGCGCAUUCCCGACAUCGGCCUGCAGAGCAAAAACGAGGAAUGUCGACCAGUAUUAUAUGUUUAACUCCCCCAUAUGCAUCUCCAUUACCCGCGUAUAAUACAGAAGCGGCCGAAUUACCUCCAAUUCAACCAGGAUACGGAUAUGGACACGAGAAUGUUUUACCUUCAAUCCAGACCUGGGUCGAGCAGAACGCCUAUGUAGUCUGA